CGUCAACAACCAAACCUCAAAACAAAAGUUUUAUCAGUGCCGUAUUUAAAAUGAAUAAGUUUAAUUUAAUUUAUAUUUAAGAUUUAAACAAAAUAAUUAUAGCAAUGUCUACGCGAAAACGAAGUGGUUCUGGCUCAAAAAGGCAAUUUAAAGAAAAAGUUGUACAAAUAUACGAAUGCCUAUUAAAAGGUGAAGAUGUGUCUCAUCAAAAUAUUCUAUUCUGGGAAGAAUUUUUUCUACUCAAACCAAAAGUUGCAACCUUAGAGAAUGAACUUCAGAAACUCUCUACUGAACAACUUCAACUAGCAAAACAGAAUAUAAAUCUUUUAUUUAAUCAGUGUAUAGAGAUUUUGGACCAACAAAAUAUAAGAGUAGCUUAUGGGUUGUUAACUUUGUGUACCCUUUUACAUUCUAUUUUUAAAAAGGGACAGGAAGCUCAAAUCGAUGCUAUAGAGUUCCUUAUGGGAUUUGAAAAUUUAGUUUCAAAAACGCAGAAGUUGCUAAAGUUAUGUCAAACUUUUCUAGAAGGAGAAUCAACUGAGGCUGUCAAAGCACUAUGCCUUAAGGUUAUUCUUAUUGUAACAACAGGCCUUGACUCCAUAAAUCAAAAUACUUUAAUAGAAUAUAUUAUGAUAUCACCUCUCUUCGAGUGUCUUGUAAAAUUACUAUGUGAUGUUCCUACAAGGCAAAGGCAUGGCUACGAUGUAGUUUUGAUCAUUACUCUACUGGUUAACUACAGGAAAUAUGAUGCAACAAACCCUUAUGUAGUGAAACUAUCAAUUUUGGAUGAUGAACUAGCAUUAAACGGUUAUGGACAAGUGAUAACAUCUUCCUUAUCAGACUUCUGUAACCAGUAUAAUGCAGAACAUACUGAAAAUCAGAGUGCCUCGUGGUUCUCAUCACUUACAAAUAUUGUUGGCAAUAUGUUCAUAUCAGAGGAAGGAGGUUUUAGAAUGCAACAGAUGCGUGCCAAUAAUGCACUUUUAUUGGCGUUUUACGAGGCAGUUCAUUUAAAUAGAAAUUUUAUUACAACGUUAGCGCAAACUCAGACUGAUUCAAGCUCCCCUCCAUCUCCCAAUAAUACUUUAAGUAACGUACAAGGUGUUCCAGAUUUAUCAACUGCACCAGCUACUUUUGACAUUACAACUCAGCCUUCUAAUUUGUUAGUUACAUUUUUUCAGUAUUGCUCAAUAGUGAUGCAAGAUACAAAGACUGAAGCAGGAACAAAUACUGUGAAAUUAUGUUUCCUUAUCCUUAGUUGUAUAACGGAAGAUCAAUAUGCCAAUUCGUUAAUGCAUGACGUAACUUUAGCUUUCAAAGUAAGACUGCACCGUUUUCCAAUGCGACACCGUAAACUUUCUGCUGAUAAAACGACUUCCAGUCAGCCUUUGAUCUGCACUCUUUUAGAUCUACUAGUGGAAUUCAUCCUUAGUCAUAUGAUGAAAAAAUUUCCUAUGGAACUCUAUCUUCUUUGUACCGGAGUCGUCCAAAGAAUACUUUGUUAUCAGAAAAAAUGCCGCGUAAGACUAAACUAUUCUUGGAAGGAUCUUUGGUCAGCCUUAAUUGCCUUGCUUAGAUUUAUUUUACAAAAUGAGAAUUAUUUAGGUAAAAAGAUCAAUAUCUUCGAUCUUUCGAUUAAAAUCGUCAACAUAUUGAACUUUUUUAUUACGUACGGAGACAAUUUUCUACCGACGCCCGGUAGUUACGAUGAGCUGUACUAUGAAGUUAUCAGGAUGCAUCAAGUCUUUGAUAAUAUUUAUUCUAUGGCUUUAAGAUACUCCAGUGGGGAUGGCGACUUCAAAGAAGACGCCCUCAAACUCAAUAAUACGCUUUUUAACGUAAGAGCAAUCAUAAAACAUUUCAAUCCAAAAAUUGAGCAAUGGUUAGCUUCCGCAAAUUUAUCCACACCUAGUGAGGAACAAAUUUUAGAGAUAGUAAAGAAAAAUUACGAUAGUCUGACGCUUAAGCUACAAGAUGCGUUAGAUCAUUACGAACGAUACACCGAGAAACCGCAAUACGCCAUAUUUUUUACUAACAUGGUCAAAUCAAUCCUCUGCGAUACAAGAAAUAAUACUAGUUGUUCUUUGAUAAAUUUUACUUCUAUUGCUAAUGAGUAUCCUGUUAUAUAAUUCGAUUUUAAGAUUAUACUAUAUAUUUU